AUGCCGUUCAACGAACUCCAACGCUGCGAGUCAUGGCCGCCCACUGUCGUCCGCCUGCACUCUGACGUCGCAGACAGAGAUUCACUAGACGCCAUCGACGACGACCCCUUCUCCUUCUUCCUCACCUCCCCUGAAGAUAUUGAAGACUUUCUCGAGGAAGACUUCGACCUCUCCGCUGGCAUCGAGACUCCGGAGUCGAAGUCUCCUGUGCGGGAAGUUUCGCCAUCUGCAAUCCAACGCGUGCCGCUCGAACCCGAGGAUGAGGAUGGCGAUGAUGGUGAUGUGACGUUCGGGCUCGCCAUACCGUUGAGCUUGAAGGCUUUCACCAGGAAGCAUAAUCUCAGCCUGGGUCCGGACAGUGGGAGGAAAUCACGCAUGGGCCAUAGGCAGAGCGACCGUUUGAAGGGUUUGGGAAUCGCACUUGAGAGCGUGAUGUCCGGUCCGGAUGCCAAAAGGGGCCGGGCGAAUGUAAAGCCGAGUCCGAGGGUGGGAGGAGGACGCGGACGCGGGCAGACGAGGAGUCUGCCGAGGCGGAGGAAGCAGAGUUGGAAGGUUCCGAGUCCAGAGAUCUGGGUGAUCAAGGAGGAGAGGGAGAGUGGGAGUGAGGAAGAGGAAGCGCUUGUUUCUGCUAGCGCGCCGGCGACGGGAAGGGUCGAACAGGAGCCAACGAAGCCUAGGAAGAGGGUCCAUUGGGCAAUUUGA